AUGUCGGUUUUUCGAGAGCUUCCCCAAGUCGCCAAGCAUAUCAUUAUUCGGAUACUAUUCAUAAACCAGCAAAUAGCAAAGCCGCUAAUUGAAUCGUGGGUAGCAGAUGAGCACCGCGAGAAAUUCGAAGAAGCGAUGGAAAUCAUCACUGGCUUGAGAAUUUGGGAGAACACGAAUGAUGGGAUCGCCUACAAUCUCAAUAACUCCUUCAGAACUCAUCUUCAGGAGGCGCUUUUUGGUGGAGGAGAGACUUGGCGUCCGGCGGUCGAGACUUUAGGGAAAGAUAAGAAUGCGAAGACAGUGGAGCAGCUCGACGCGUACACGAAGGAAAGAUGGGACCAGAUUUUGAGCUACUUGACACAGGAGCAGGGAAAAUUGUCAGAAGAAGUGAUCUCUUUAUUGAAAUACGCUGGGCUUUGUGAUGCAAAUGGCGAGAAGCGAUUUCAAUUCUUGCUUCUUGAUCGAUCGAGUCAAGUUUGGUACUUGCUUGUUCAGUACUUGGGAUAUGUACAAAAACUCGGGCUGAGCCUUGUAAAUGUGCUUGCAUUUGUUCUUCAACUCGGAUAUUGCAGCUUUGGAACUGACUAUCCGUGCGACAACUCGAACCAAGAAAUAUGCCGCGUUAUUCAGCACUUUCGAGAGAUGGGACUGGUUUUUAAACGAAAGAGCAAAGAAAUGAGAUUUUAUCCGACUCGUCUUGCUCAAUCGAUCAGUAUCGCGGGUGGGAAAAAGACUUCAUCAGAAGAUGUUCAAGAGCAGUUCAUUCUUGUGGAAACAAAUUACAGAAUUUACGCGUACACAGAUUCGGAGCUACAUUACGCGCUCAUCUCUCUCUUUGCCGACGUUCAAUACAGAUUCCCAUACAUGAUUGUUGCCCAAAUGUCACGUGAUUCAAUCCAGCAAUCGGCCGAUUAUGGAAUAUCCGCAGAGCAGAUUUUGAACUACUUGCGCUCGAGUGCCCACCCUGUGGCCAGGAAAAACAAGCACUGGGUUCCACAAGUUGUAUCAGAUAACAUCCAUCUUUGGUGCAAAGAACGCGAUCGAUUGCAGUUCAGCGACGGUCUUCUUUAUCACCAGUUUUUGGACCAAGAAGCGUUUGAAAUGUUGAAGAGUUAUGCGCAGGAUAUCCGGGCGCUAGUUUGGUCGAACGAUGAUCGAAGUCAAACAGUUUCAUGUGAAAAGCUAGCGAAUGUAAAAAUCACGACAAAAGAGGAUGCAGCUCCAAUUGUCAAGGCGAUUGAGUCCGUCGACAAACUCGUCACGCUCAACAUCGACGGGAUCUCCUUGGGAAUCGACGGAGCGGAAGCAAUCGCAGAUGCGAUUUCGAAAACUCCGACGUUGAAAAACUGCGAGUGGGGCAACUGUUUCAAGGCCAGAAUGUUGGAAGAGAUUCCUCCAGCGCUGAUAAAUCUCGCGAAGGGUUUGGACAAGUCUGGCGCUAGAAUCAAAAAGUUAGAUCUGUCAGACAACGCUUUUGGUCCAAACGGAGCCCGGGGAGUUAAACCUAUUUUGGAAACAGACGCAUGUUUGGAAAUGGAAGAGCUCUUAUUGAACAACUGUGGACUUGGAGAGGGAGGAGGCGAAAUCGUCGGAGCAGGGCUCGAAAUCCUCAAUGAAAACAUCAGAAAAGCAGGACUUACACCAAAACUGAAAAUCUUUAUCGCUGGACGAAAUCGCCAAGAAGUCAAAGGCAGUGCCGCCUUGGCCGUUGGGUUCCAAAAGCUUGGCAGUUUGGAAGAAGUAACAAUGCAUCAAAAUGGAAUCACAUGGAAGGGAGCAGCAGCGCUGGCCGAGGCUUUCAAGCACUGCCCUAUGAGAUUGAUAAAUUUAAACGACAAUAUUCUCACUGAAAAAGGAGCUCACGCCGUCGCCCUUGCUUUGAGACAGAUUCCGACUUUGGAAAUUCUCGAUCUUGGAGAUUGUCUUCUUCGUGAUAAGGGAGCUCAAUCUCUCGCUGCUGGUCUCAAAAGCUGCCCUAAUAUCCACACUGUUAUUUUUUCAUAUUCUGCGGUGAGAAUCGAAGGAGCUUUGAAAGUUCUCGAAGCUCUUCCGCUUGAUCAGAUGGAGAAGAUCGACCUUGACGGAAAUUGCUUCGGGGAUGAAGGCUGUGAGCAAUUACAAGCUAUCAGUGAACUAGUUGGCGAUUUGGAAAAUGACGAAGGUGAUGAAGAUGAAAGCGAGAACGAAAAUGCUGUGACAGAUUCAGAGGAUGAAGCCGAGCAUUACCAAGAAUCUUCUGUCGACAUUGUCACGGAGCUUCAAGUUGGCUGCAUGAAAAACGUCGCCCUUGGUAAUGAGCCGAGUGCUGUUGACGAAGAAUUCGAAGCGAUGCUUGAAGAAAGCACGACAGUUGAUUUCCACGGAAAGGGACUCAAGGUGAAUGACGAAAACGAUGCGCAACCUAUCAUCGAUGCGAUAAACCAAAAGGACCGAUUGAUAACGCUCAGACUUUCAGGAAAUACACUUGCACCGGAGGGUGCCAAGGCGAUAGCUUUAGCACUAAAAGGUCGAAAUGAGCUUCAGCAUUUGCUCCUCGCAGAUAUCUUCACUGGCAGAUUAAAGGAUGAAAUUCCAGUAGCGAUUCAACAUUUGAACGAUGCUCUGAAUCUUGGAGAGGGAUGUCGUCUUCGAACUUUGGACUUGUCUGAUAACGCGUUUGGUCCUAACGGUGCCAAAGCUGUUGAACCAUGGCUCAGAACAAAGUGCUGUCUCAAAUUGCAAAACUUACUGCUAAACAACAACGGUCUCGGCGUUUUCGGAGCCAAAAUGAUCGCUAACGGUCUUGGCGACCUGUUCAAGCUCUCGCAAAAACUUAACGUGAAACUGAUGCUACGAAAAUUCAUUGCUGGGCGAAACAGACUUGAAAUCGAAGGAACUGCCGCACUUGCUGAACAAUUUGGAAAGAUUGGAAGCCUCGAAGAUUAUCAAUCGCCGCAGAAUGGAAUUCAAGCGAAAGGAAUUGAAGCGCUCGCGAUCGGUUUAUCUACGAACUCAGGCCUAAAGAUACUGAAUAUCAAUGACAACAUCGUGACCGAACGAGGCGUGGCCAGUCUUGUGCCCGUGUUUAAAAACUGCAAGAAACUCGAACGUCUCGACCUUGGGGAUUGUUUAAUUCGCUCCAAAGGUGCGAAAAUCGUCGCAGAGAAUUUGCCCGGGCUUCCUAAACUGCGGCAAGUCAAUCUCAGUUUUAACGAAGUCAACGCUAACGCUGGGCUUGCCGUUGCUAAUGCUUCUGGCAGUUUGAAACUCUUGGAAAGCUUGAAUCUAAAUGGCAAUCAAUUUGGAGAAGUCGGUUGUGAGGAGAUUCUGGAAGCUAUGAAAGCUUUAAAAUCAGAACACAAACUAGUGGAAUUAGACGAAGACAACGGCGAGCCAGACGAAGAAGACGAGGACGACAUUGCAUCAGCAACUGUUGAGGAAUUUGUCGAGUCACCAUCUCUGGAGACCUUCCUCGGCCUCGGCGAGGAUCGUGUGGAAUUGCUUCAAAAAGUCACUGGACAAGCUAAAGAAGCUGCUGAGUUAGCUGUUAAGCUCAUGGGCUCCUGUAACCGCAGUAAAUUGCAAGAAUCGAAUGUCAUUUCAGUCGAAAAGGCGCUUGAUAUGCUGCUGCGAAGUUUGUUCAGGCUAGUGAUCAGAAACUUUUUUGUUUUGCAUAAUUUAUUGGAUAUUUUUGAUAUUUCGGGCAAUAGAUGA